CCCCACGUGGGCCCACGGAUGAAAAUUUUAGUUUCAGUUUGAGUUAGCAAGUUGUCUGCUAUUUUGUUGUAUUGCUUUCCAUCGAAUUCAAAUUCAUUUAGAAAUGGAUUUUAAGAACGGAGAAGACCACCAUGUUCCAAAAAAGAUAUUCUCUAAACAGAGAAAAGCAAUUCAGAACAUCUCUGCUGAUUCCAAAAUAUCGUUGGGCAUCGAGCCUACAAAGCAAAUAGUCAUAUGUAAUUCAGGACUUUCUCUGGGACUCUUGGAAGAGGAUGUAAUCAAUAUUUUUUCACCCUAUGGACCCAUUGAAGCAGUUGUCAUGUUGCCUGACAAAACUUACUGUUUCAUGGCUUUCCAUAGCAAGGAGAAUGCUCUCCAAGCAUAUCAGAGCUUACAUGGAAAAUAUAAUUUUCCUCGGUCUGAGAAUCUCAUGGUCUUGGCCUUUGCCGAUGAGGUGCCUAAAGUCACAAAUCCUUGGGCCACUCUCCCACGAGAUGGGCCACCUGGGUUGAUUGUUCUUGAAGACUUUAUUACAUCAGACGAAGAAGAAAUUCUGGUGAAAUUACUUUCAUGGGAUGAUCCAAUACAAGGGCAACAAUUGAAACAACGGCAGGUACAACAUUUUGGGUUUGAGUUUCGGUAUGGAUCAAAUGAUGUAGACAGACAGAAGCCACUUGCACAAAAAAUUCCUGAUCAAUGUGAUUUCUUACAAAACCGUUUGAAAAAACGAGGUUUUUCAAAGUGGAACUUUUAUCCUGAUCAGUUGACUGUGAACCGAUAUUUGCCUGGUCAAGGUAUACCACCACAUGUUGACACACACAGUGUUUUCGAAGACCCUAUCCUGUCCUUAUCAAUGCUUUCGGAUGUCGUAAUGGACUUCAAAGAUGCUUCAGGUCACAAAAUACCUGUAUUUUUACCUCGGCGUUCCCUUACUGUCAUGUCAGGGGAGUCACGAUUUGGCUGGACUCAUGGCAUUGCUUCCCGUAUGCAUGAUGUAAUUUGUACUGAUGACAAGAAGGGACUCACAUUACUGCCUCGUGAGGAACGAGUUUCAUAUACAUUUCGCCUUCUUAGAUCCAAGAAAGAGUGCUUUUGCUCUUAUGCUUGGCUUUGUGACAAUCAGAAGCAGAAUCUUUAUCAACAGCAACUAGAUGCAAUUCAGCUGGAAAAGCAGUAUGUCCGUGAGGUCUACGAAGAAAUUAGUAGCCAUUUCAGUGAAACGAGACAUACUCCUUGGCCUAAUAUUGUAGAGUUCUGCAAAACCUUCAAAACUGGUCAAAUUCUCUUAGAUGUUGGAUGUGGAAACGGAAAGUAUUUUGGCAAUCAGGCAGAAAAUGUAUCUUUGUUUGAGAUUGGCCUGGAUGCAAGUGCUCAUCUUGCAGAUAUGUGUACCAAAAGAGGAGUAGAAGUACUUACUGGUAAUUGCUUAAAUCUACCAUUCAGAUCAAGUAUUGCGGAUGGAGUUUUGUGUAUUGCUGUAAUCCACCACUUGGCAACACAUGAAAGACGACGCAGAGCUGUCCAAGAAAUUGCCCGGGUCCUUUGCAAAGGUGGAAGAGCGCUCAUUUAUGUCUGGGCACGUGAUCAGAGGCUUCAGGAUAAAAUGUCAACUUACUUGAAACAAAACCGUAAAAAUCGUCAAAAUACGGCAAUUCAGUCUGCUUUUAAAGGAGAUAAAAAUAAUUCAGUUACUGGCUCAGGUACAAGUCAAUCUGAAAAUAAUUUAUGCACAUCCGCUGAUUCAAAGAGUUGUGAGUUCACAGGUAGUUUGCCAUUACCUGUUCAUGUAAACCGUACAAAUUUUAAGCAUAGUGAUAUUCUUGUACCUUGGAAGUUGAAGGAGAAGCAUAGACAAGAGAGCAAUGAGGGUGAACAGCAAACAUUUUAUAGAUACUAUCAUGUUUUUGAGGAAGAUGAGCUGACGCGAAUGUGCAUUGAAAUUCCCCAAAUUCAGGUCUUGGAAACCAAGUAUGAUCAAGGUAAUUGGUCUGUACUCUUACGAAAAUUACCAUAAAACUGACUUCUUUGUUGUUUUUGUGAGAUGAAAUCAAACAAGCAAAAGUGUAUGGUAUGAUAUUUAUUUAAGAAGAUAUUAUGCAUGUGCAUGUAUUUUGUGAAUAAAAAGUCUCAGUUUUAAAUAGACAACAAAACAUGAGACUUUCUUCAAAUAUUAGAUGCAAUUGUGAUAUUUCAAUACGCUUAAAAUGAAAUUUGUUGGUCCAUGUGUUCUGUUUGAAUAGGGCAAGUCAAUUCCAAUAGAGCUAUAUUCUUGUGAUUUUGAAAAGAUGGACAUCUUUUUAUAGUCAUCAGUUCAUCAAAUAUUUCUAAACAUUUAAACAUUUUUAAAGUUAUAUUUUCACUAUUGGCAAACUCCAAACAAUCCCUCCAUUUUGAUUAUAAUAUAUGAUUUAACCUUUUCAAUCUAUUUUACAUGUACAGUAUCCCAUAUAACAAAUUUUCCACUAUUUUAAAGAAUUGUAUGGAGAGUUUGGCUAUUGUUUGGCUCGAAGUAAAAUUGUCUGACAAAAUACUAGUUGCAGUCUGUGUACAUGAAUAUCAUAGAGAAAGUUUUUUAUGUUAAAUUAUUUCUGCAAUUGUGGAAUGACCCAAGCUUUCAUUAUUCAUUUUUUCUCUAUUAAUAGAUUUUCCUAGAACCUCAAGCCUAGAGGAGGAGAAGGUAAGAAAUAUACUUUGCCUAGAGGCACUGCUGUGAAGACCUAUAGGUCUUUUGCAAGGUGGUCUUUUGAGACCUGGGUUACAUGACCAUAUCAAGUUAUCAAGUCUUCUAGUUGAGGGCCAUUUUCAAAGUUUAUACCACCUUCAUGCCAGUGUCAUGAUUUAAUGUUUCUGUUCUAGUUCGUGUUUGCCAAUUAUACCUUUCUAAUCAAUAAAACAACUCGCGCUGGGAUAA